AUGAAUCCGACUCUGUCCAAGCUGCUGAUAAAACCCGUCUUAGCUACCGCAUAUGGCGGUAUCGUCGGAGCUUUUUUGGGCGGUACCGUAGGAAUGGUCGUGAUGGGCCUGGCAGGGCGUAACCCUCAACUCCUAGCCCGUUCUAGUGCGUCGUUGUUUCGAAGUCUUCAGUCACCAAUUUGUCACUGCCUUGUUCUGUGGAGUCUCGUGAUUCCUGUUCUUCAAGCCUCCGGAAGGAAGCUGGGGUCGAUGUACCUCCUUCUUAAGCUUCUGGAGUUUGGUCAGUUUUGGAGUCAGCUUCACCUUGCGAUGGCCGGGGCCGGGACGCCUAACCGCCUCCGCCUAUCUGCGUUUUUGGUCUCAGGAUCAGGUGCUGGGUUGACAUUCUGUUUUUUGAGCAAAGGCUUGAAAGCCCGACCUGCACAGGCACUCUUCAGCGCUGCGGGUUUCGCUGUUAUGUCAGCAACAGCGUAUAAGAUGAUGCAAACAACCAAACCGCGCAAUGCCCAAGACGCCUUUUACAUAGAGACAAAAGCUAUGCUAUCGAAGCUAGGCCUUGAGGAGUACGAGAAGAAUUUCAAGAAGGGACAUCUCACUGAUUUCACCUUACCAUUGCUCACUGACAGUGACCUAAAAGACGUGAACAUUCCAUCAGGGGCAAGGCGUCUGAUACUUGAUCAUAUCAAGAGGUUUGUUCACAAGCUUCUCUACUCUCACAUGGAUCAAAUGUAUGAAUUGGAUCCAACCAUGCAUUCUCUGUUGUCCUGA